ACAGCGAGUGUGUGUGAGAGUGAUCCCGGGACGUCAGGGGAUGGGGUUUUGUCCAGCAGGCACAAGUCUCUCUGCAGACUAAGGGGGAGAGAGGGGUGAUUUGUCUGCAAUGUUUAUUUGAUCCCCCCCCCCACGUUUGAGGAAGAGCAGAGGUUUAGUGGAGGAGGAAGAGGGAGGGAGGUUUCCCCUCCCCUGCCGGCACCUGUCGUGGAGGGACUGGAGGCAGAACAAGACAGACUGGUUUUCCAGUUCCGUGAAAUACAGACGGAGAGAGAGAGUGCGAGCUUUGAUCCAAGGAGGAGUAAUCACCCUGAAAUGAAGGAAAGGUGAUAGCUCGAAGGUCUUGAGGCUCACUGAGUGGGUAGCGAAACCCACCAUCGUUGUCAUCCAGACCUCCCCUCCCCUGAGGGGGAGGGAGGGGCAGCGGCAGCUGAAGGGUAGCGUGUGUGGACCCAAAAGGAGAGGUUUCCAAAAUGGCCUCCUCCCAGGUGCAGUGCCUGGACGAGGAGCAUGUGAACCCCCGCCUGUCAGAGUCACUGCCGCAGUUUGUGUACUGUGAGGGGCAGCGCAGGGCGCUGGAGGCCCUGCUGUCUGACGGCCCUUUGGCCUUCGCCCGCUGCCUGGAACAGGAGGGGCUACGGCCUUUCCUCUCAGCUGCCGAGGCACACAGCCUGCAGGCCGGCGCCCGUCCCUACCGCCCGUCAGACACCCCACUGCCACUGGAGGACGAGGAUCAGGUAGAGGGUCCCAAUGGGAGGGACUUGACCAGCCCCUCCUCUGCCACUUCGUCCCUCACCUACUGGCCAGUGCGUUCGGACGCGCCACCGCCGAGCCUGGCGCUGGGCUGGCCGGAAGAGGGGUUGUGGAAGGGCAUCACUCGAGCUGCAGUGUACACCCACCCUCCUGCCGAGGGAGCACCCACCAUCAAGGAGUUGGUGAGAAGGCUGUUACAGAACGCCCAACAGGUCAUCGCCAUCGUCAUGGACCAGUUUACAGACGUGGAUAUUUUCCUAGACCUGGUUGACACCUCCCGACUGCGGAAGAUUCCGGUCUAUGUGCUGCUGGACCAACAUAACGUCCCACUGUUCGUGGCCAUGGCUCAGGCUACCAACACCAAUCUCUGGCUGAUGGAGCACAUGCGGGUGCGAGUCCUAGCAGGCUGCUCCUUCUGUUCCCGGAAUGGCCUCACCGUGGACGGGUCAGUGAAGGAGCGAUUCCUGCUGGUGGAUGCAGAGAAGGUGGUGACGGGGUCCUACAGUUUCACCUGGACAGAUGCUCGCCUCCAUCGACACCUCGCCACCCUCCUGACCGGCCAGGUGGUUGAUGCGUUCGACUGCGAGUUCCGCACCCUGUACGCCUCAUCUUGGCCCCUCCCCCGGGAAGCCCUUCUCAAUGGGACACUCAGGAAUCCCUCCUCGCUCCUCCCCCGGGAAGCCCUUCUCAAUGGGACACUCAGGAAUCCCUCCUCUCUCCUUCCCCGGGAAGCCCUUCUCAAUGGGACACUCAGGAAUCCCUCCUCUCUCCUCCCUGGGUCUCCUGGAAGUUCUGGGGCCCUCUGGAUUCCAACGAGCCUGGGAAAUCCCUCCCCAUUUAUCCCUGCAGCAUUUGUAAAGACUGGGACCGCAGGAAGUCAGUUUCCCCACCCCCCGGGGAUGCCUGGGAAUCCAGUGGACUCUGGGAUUUCUGUCACUCUCCCCACUGGGCCUCUCAGAAAUUCCGGGCCCCUACAGAAUCCCGUAAGUCUUGGAAAUCUCUCCCCCUUUGCUCACCGCGUGGCGUCUCGCCGGACAGUGCAUCCGGAGCCCCUCCCACCUCCGAGGGCCCCCCUAGCUGGUCACCGCCCGCCCCUCAGCCGUCCAGGGGUCUCUCCCGCGCUCAGCGACAUCCUACGCAACCUGCGGCGGGCUAGGACGACGAUGGAAAACAGGUCGAAGAGCAGCCGGUCGCUGUGGGACCUCAGUGCCCUGAGCCAACUGUCAGGGGCACCUAGCCUGGGCAGAGUCUCGUCCGUGGACCCUCUGGAACUGGGGGAGGAGGCCAAGACACGCGUGAAGAAAGCGCUCCCGACACCUGCGGCUACUCUGAUGAGGCACCGGCGGGUACAGAAGGAAGAGGAGGAGGAGGAGGGAAGAGAAACUCCCCCUGCCGGUGCGGGAGCCAAGGAACUUCUACCCUAGCCGCCGGCAGGAGACUGCAAGGGCGAAGAGCCAGCGGGCUGAACGUCCGGUAGCAGAGGGAGGAGACCGCCUUCGUCUCCCAGGACCUCCUGCACAGCUGGAGCAACAGAGUGCGGACUGUGAGGAUUUGGCGGGAUCACCGCACG